CCAGAAGAAGAACCAGGACCAGAAGAACAACCAGGAACUGAAACGGGAUCGGGAACGGGACCGGGACUAGGACCAGGACCGGGAUCUGAGCUUCUCUAAGAUCGGCCUGAAGAAUUCCAUCUCCUGACAGGAAGUACCAUAUGAAGGAUAGUGGGGGGAUGAAACAGGAAGAGGAUGAGGUGGUGAGGACCGCAAGGAUGGAGCCCAGCACCUUGCAGUGGCCCGCACACAGAGAGACAGGUGGUCAGACCAGUAAACAGACAGGUAAUGGGGACAGGAUGAGUGUGAGGUCAGACAUGUCUCUCCGUGAGGCAUCCAGUUGGACAGAAAGUGAGAGAGAGCUGAAGGCAGAGGGGGAGAGCAGGGGGCUAGGUAAAGAGGCGGGGCUAAUGGGAGAGGGGGCGGGGCUGAAGACACACUUGGAGGAGGAGCCUGAGGAGAACCACCUGCCAGAGAAAGCAGCUCAGGUGUUUAGUCCUGCAGUAACUGUACUCCCAUCCCCAUCCUCACCCAGAGACAGUGAGGCAUUCUGGGAAAUGGGGUCAGAGAAGAGUCCCUUCCUAGGUCCUCAAGAACCCCAGGACUAUAACCAACAUGGCUACCAGUACGAGUGGACUGAGGACACACCCCAUGCCAGAUGUGGGCAGGGCUGUCCCAGCAGGGAUGUCCUAAAGGUGGGUGUGUCCUUGAUGACUUCAGCAAUGUUAUUCCCAUUCCUGGUGUGGGGGGGUUAUGUCUUCCUGCCAUUUGACGCCCCCCUGAUGGACAGCGCCCCCCUCAGACUCGUUUACACGCUGCGCUGCUCCGUGUUUGCCGCCGCCCCCAUUGUCCUCGGCUGGCUGGUUCUGGGUGUCAGUCGGCUCAGGUCAGGUGGGAUUCGGCCUCUGUUUGAUGAUGAGUUGAAGGAGGGGGAGCUUCAACAGGUCGAGGUCCAUCGUCGGUUUGUUGCUGACUCCGCCUCCUUGUUCCUGAUCUACUUCCUGCAGCUGGUUGUCAUGGCGAUGUACCUGAGCCAGGAGCAGCUGAAGCUUGUCCCACUGCUGACCAUCGUUUUUGCCUUCGGACGGUUGGUUUACUGGGUUGCAGCAGCGUUUGGCAGCAGCGUUCGUGGUUUCGGGUUCGGACUCUCCUUCCUGCCGAGCCUCGCCAUGAUGGUGGCAAACUUCUACUUCAUCUUCACAGUGGAGGCGGCGUCGUCCAUUUUCAGCUCAGCAUCUGAGGAGCUGCCAGCUCCGCCCCCUGGCAAACAGAGGUUCUGGGGAUGAAAGAUAAUCAGUAAUCAAUAACCUUUAAUCCUAAAGGAUGAGAACUGAUCAGUGAUCAAUGACUUUGUGACUUUUGAUGACAGAUUUUUUAAGCUGUUUCUCACUGUUUAGUUUUUGAUUAACCUGUUUAUUUUAUUUUGUAAAUUCUGUUAUAUGAUCAAUGCUAUUUGUAAUCAAUACAUUAAAAAACAACAAAAUAA